GCACGCAGUCCUCAGGGCCGGCGGAAGAUGCGCGCGCAGCCCCUCCUUCACCCUCCCUCCCCGGAAGUUUCCGCCGGGCAACUGAAAAGGCUGUUGUCAAGAUGGAGUGUCUAACCCAGUAAUCCAAGGACCAGACCCUGAGUCCACAAAGCAUGAUCUCCUUCUGUCCAGUCUGUGGCAAAAGUGUCCAGGUGUCAUUCAAGUUCUGCCCUUACUGUGGCAAGGCCCUGCCUGUUGAGGAUGGCGGCACCCCGACUGGCAUCAUGCCUCUUAUGUCAUCCUUUCGAGGCUCCAGGAGAGACCUGAACCCCAACUCUGAAACCUCCCCCAAGAAAGUGAAAUGGUCACACACUGUCACAUCUCCCCCGCUCUCCCUCCACUCUGACUGCGACAGUUCUGAGUCUGACGACACCUUGACUUCUCCUGACAGAGCCACGGGCACCCGGGGCAGAUCCCUGACCCCCAGAGGCAGCCCACUUUCCAACAGGCUGAGCCCUCGGACACUGAAGCGGAGCCGGGUGACCACCUCACUCCAGGCGCUGCCCACAGGGACAGAGCUGACAGACCAGAAUGGGAAGCACUGGACACUGGGAGCCCUGCAGAGCCGGGACGACCAAGGCAUUCUCUAUGAAGCUGAGCCCACUUCUGCCGUCUCCUGUGAAUCAAGGACCCAGAAAUGGAGAUUCUCACUCAAAUUGGACUCCAAGGAUGGGCGCCUUUUCAAUGAGCAGAACUUCUUUCAGAGAGCAGCCAAGCCUCUGCAAGUGAACAAGUGGAAGAAGCAGUGCUUGGUCCCACUCCUGGCCAUCCCCACCUGUAUCGGCUUUGGCAUUUACCAGGACAAAUACAGGUUCCUGGUGUUCCCCAGCCUGGGGAGGAGCCUUCAGUCAGCCCUGGAUGACAACCCAAAGCACGUGGUAUCGGAGCGAUGUGUGCUGCAGGUGGCCUGCAGGCUGCUCGAUGCUCUGCAGUAUCUCCACGAGAACGAGUAUGUCCACGGGAACCUGACAGCCGAGAACGUCUUCGUGAAUCCAGAGGAUCUGAGCCAGGUGACCCUGGUGGGCUAUGGCUUCACCUACCGAUACUGCCCAGGUGGCAAACACGUGGCCUACAAGGAAGGCAGCAGGAGUCCACAUGAUGGCGACCUGGAGUUCAUUAGCAUGGACGUGCACAAGGGAUGCGGGCCCUCGCGCCGCAGUGAUCUCCAGACCUUGGGCUACUGUAUGCUCAAGUGGCUUUAUGGGUCCCUGCCGUGGACAAACUGCCUUCCCAACACCGAAGAGAUAACUAGGCAGAAGCAGAAGUAUCUGGAGAGCCCCGAGCCCCUCGUGGGACUGUGCGGCCGCUGGAACAGGGCCUCAGAGAUCCUGCAGGAGUACCUGAAGGUGGUGAUGGCCCUCGAUUAUGAGGAGAAGCCGCCCUACGCCACGCUGAGGAACAAUCUAGAAGCUCUGCUGCAGGAUAUGCGGGCGUCACCCUAUGACUCCCUGGACCUCCAGAUGGUACCUUAGGUGGGAUCCAGAGCUCCCGACCUGCAGCUUGAAGUAGAACAUGAAGUAGUGUGACUUGAGCCCUGUGUGAACUCAUAGCUCCUAAAAGAAUCCCUGAGUGUGCCUUCUCGCCACUCCCGUAGGACAGACGAAUCAGCACUCGUGUUGGGGAACCUGAGUCAUGUCCCAUAAUGUGAAACUCCUCCCUGCCCCUCAGCCCCUGCAGUUGUGGGUGGACGUAGGUGGGUGCUGGCAGCAGCAGCAGCCACUCCUUAGGACUUCCGGCCAUGGGCAUUCCUGUGACGGCAUAAUAAACUGUUUUUAAUCAGA